UACAGCCUCAGGCAGCUUAGCUUCAUAAAGGGUGAGGGUAAGGAGAGCGCUGUUGUCUCCAGCAGCCAUCUGUCUGCCCAGUGUAGAGCUGAGAGGGGUUGCUCUCAUUGAAGUGAAGAGGGACUUUAGAAACUCUUGGAGGACAGUGGAAGUUGAUAAAAAAAUGCUUCUUUAUUGUUAAAACCAACACAUUCUGGCCCUUAACUGUCAUCAGGGUUGCUCUCACUCACAUAAGAGCUGAUGGAUGGGAUGCUAGGAGUGGAUGUGUUUCUUUACCCUGAUGGACUGAGAAUUGCUACACCAGAGGAUAUUAGGCAAUGGGAGCUGGAGACCGCCAGCCAGGUGUCCAGCCAGGUGUCUCAGGAACCCCCCGUCCGACUCUUUGUGGCUCUUUUCCCAUACAACCCUGCUGCGAUGUCCCCAAACCCUGAGACCGCUGCGGAGGAGCUCCCUUUUGUGCCAGGACAGAUCAUCAAGGUGUUUGGAGAUAAAGACGAUGAUGGUUUCUACCACGGGGAGUCUGGUGGUCUGUCUGGUGUCGUGCCUAGUAACAUGGUAUCUGAGAUCCCAGUGGACGAUGACUACCUCAAGCAUCAGCUCAUGCAGCAGGGUUUCCUGCCUGUCGACCACACAGAUCCCAGUGAGGAGUCCAGCGUGCUAGAUGACUUGGUCGUCCGCAGGAUGGUGGCCAUCUUUGAGUAUGACCCUUGGGAAAGUUCCCCCAACAUGGACAGCGACGCUGAGCUCGCCUUCCGUGCAGGGGACAUAAUAUAUGUGUUUGGUGAUAUGGAUGAAGAUGGAUUCUAUUAUGGGGACCUUCAUGGGCUGAGAGGUCUGGUGCCAUCCAACUACCUGGAACCACUACCAUGGGAAUAGGAUUAACAAGGAGCAUCCGAUACAUGAGAUUAUGCCAAGAAUCAGAAUCAGAUACAAUGAACAAAGAAACUUUUUCAAGGAUAUCUGAAUGGAUAUUACUGUGUCAAAGAUCAAGAUUUUGUCAUGUUUUUUCUUCUGCAUAAGUACAUGUGACCACAGAAAUCUCCUCGAGGAUUUGUAAUGAUCAUGGAAUAGGGUUUUUAUGAACCGUGUGCAGGCUAUCACGCACAGUAAGGCAGUAGACAGAUUUUGCUCUGUCCAAAUAAAUCCUAUGAACUAUAAACCUUUUGUUGGACAUUUUAAGGUGCAGUAAGAUUGGCCAAAAUAAUGACAUCAUGGUUAUCGUAUUACAUAAUGCUUUGUCAACAGCUAGGGUAUUGUAGCCUUAAAAAUAUGAUUUUUAUUCUCACUUUGCUGAUGGGGAUGUAUGUUGUAGUUAUGCCUAUAUUUGCCUUACUACAUCUUUCGGUUUAGGAAAUAUCCAUGCACAUUUUAUAGUGAAGGCCGUGAGAAAUAUGUCCUGUUAGAGAUAUUAUUUUCUUCCUUAGUAGUAUGCACAAUUGCUUUUAAAAAAAAUGUUGGUAAAUACCAACUGAGAUUCUGAUGGGAACAUUGAGCACGUUGAAUGAAGAUAUCUAUGCAGAAUUUAGCAGUACUAUUAAACUGUUCAUUUUCUGAAAA